AUGUCCACCAAGGCUAAAAUGACAUUGGGCGCAUCCAUCGUGUUGUGCUGUGGUACGAUUUAUGGCGUCCACUAUCUCCAACGUUACGAGAAGGAGUUGAUGGCAUUAGGGGUUGAAAAAGACGAAGAACGUCGCAAGAAACGAGAACAACGCGAGCUGAAUAUGAAAGAAUUAGAAGACCAACAUGCGCUUCAUAAAGCCUUACUGGAGACACAGUCCGUUUCCAAAGCCCCGUCCAAUGAACCCGCAUCCGAAGACGCCUAG